AUUUUUAAAUGCCUCACAACCGGCCAAUGCGUCAAAAUGGCGUCAAGUCAUGACUUGAAAGAAGGUUACGUUAGUGUUUCUUUUUCACAUAUGUAUAAUUUAUUAUCUUUCGCACUCUCUCUUGAUUUAUAAAAAUAAUAACGUAUAGUUUUUAAGGUUGAAAAAUCUUCCCCUUUCCUUAUUAACCCUGUAACUGUCAAGUGCAUUUUUCUGUUGGUUCAAGUCAUUUUCAUUUUUAUUAUUUUAAAUUUUCAUUUAUUUUAAUUAUUAAUAAUUAAUUAAUACUGAUUAAGAGUAUAUUAUUUUCAAUAUGAGAUUGAGACAUAACUAUAACAUGAUUUCGUCCUGCGAAACCUACACUACACCAUCGUCACAUUGUCAUUGUGACAGACGGAUGCCAGAAUAAAAAGGAAAUAAAAGUUGGGUUCAAUGCAGAAUUUGGAAUAUUUUAUUGAAAGUAAAAUUUUACUCACUCUGUAGUAAAGGCCCAAGAAACAAAUACAAAUUAUUAGUUACUAAGACUCAAGAGAAGUCUAAGCUUAAAUUUUCAAUUUCUGACUCUUACUCUUAUGUCAACUUAUGUCGUCAUCCCGACUGGUGCUAAUGCUGUAAUUACUAGCACAUGGAACAUCUCAGAAAAAAUUUCUUCCAUUUUAAUCUGUUUGAAAUAAUUCCAAUAAAGAAAUUCCAUGUCCAUGUUAAUGUUGAUUUAGCAACCUCUCUAGCAUCAAACAUAAUGACAGUAACAAAAAUUGAGAACAUUUCACACCUGAUUAAUCACAAAACAAGCUCUGAUAAAAAAGCAUGUUAACACAAGCAUGUUAACACACAGAUAGAAACGGAAAUAGGAAGCAAACUCUUUUAUAUAGUGUGAUUUCCUUAACCAAUAUAUAUUAUAUAUACAUAAAUGAUGAUUUUGCUAGCGGCUCUGACACUGCAGAAAGGUGUAUAAUGGUUGUAAUCUGCCGCUAUGACAGUUAUUGGGUGAAGUAGGCUAUUAACAUGAAGGUUUUAGUGGUUUGGUAGUAAUAUUACAAUUAUUGUUAGUUUAGUUUAAAAUUCAUUACCACUUAGGCCUAUUUAUCAAACUAUUGGUUAUUAUAGGUCUAAUGAAUAGGCCUACUACCAGAUAUUUAUAAUUUAAACUGUACGCCUAGUUUUUGAACUGCUUGUUGCUACAUCUGACUUAAAUUUAAUGUUUCAUUAGUUUUAAAAGAAACACUGGAAAGUCGAGGUGCUCUUGGAGAAAUAAAGGCAAGAAUAAGAGCUCAAGUUUUUUCUGCUUUAGAUGACCAGUCAGAGAUGAAACCUCCUAUAAGCAAUGAAAAUGUUCUUAUUUAUGAGCUUAUUCGAGAGUUUCUUGAGUUUAAUAACUGUAAAUAUACUUCAUCUGUGUUAGUAUCAGGUAAAUACCAAGAUUUUUAUUCUAUUUCACAUUUCUCAAAUACAGCCAUAGGCCCAUUAUAUGAAAAGGUUUUACAAUAGAGUUUUGAUUUUCCAAACUAUUUAGGACCAGGGGUGGUAUAGAUAACCUAUUUUUUUUAUAACUUAACACUACCAUGAAAAGAUUUCCUUAAAUAAGUAAGUGCGUAACAUACGCUAUUCUUAAUUUAUGGUUAUACACUUAUGGUAUUUUUUGGAACUGUAUUAAGCAUUCCUCAAGGGAUAUAGGGGUCAGCUGAAUGAUGUUAAAAACAUAACAUUUUAGAAAAUUGUGAUGUUUCAGUUGUACCCUUAUAAAUUCUCCAUAUAGCUAAACCUUUUUCCUAGGCUUUAAAAGUGUGUCAAUAAUAGCAUAACACUGCUUAUCUUUAUUAAUGAUAUUAAAAUUAUCUCUUACUCUGUUGUUAUUUUUUUCAUGUUCACAUUAUUAUUUCAGAGACAGGCCUUCCUAAAGUUCCUCUUGACAGAGAUUUUUUACGCAAUGAACUAAAUGUUGUUGAAGAUGCACCUUCUAGAUCAGUGUAGGUGAAUUUGCUUAUUAGCUAAAAGAUUUUUUUCUUUUUGAUAGUUUAUUUUUUAAUACUUGCACUAACCCUUACCAUCUCGCUGGACCCGUACUCCACAUCUGCCCUAACUAUUAGUAAAUUAUUUAGAAUAUAAACGUGUCUGCUUACUUUUGCAUGUUAUAAAGGGGCAAAAUGUUUCUUAGUUUUAUAUUAUAUUUAUCUAAAAUUGUUUCAAUAAAAAAAUAACAUGGUUGACUAUAUUUAUUGAAUUAUCAGCUCUUAUCUAAUUCAAAAUAUUUUGAUUGGUAAAUAUUUGUGUAAAACUAUAAUAAUCAUUAAUUUAAAAGAAACGUGAACAAAUCUAUUAGGACUGUAAACGUUUGGAUUUAUUUACCUAUUUGAAAAAUCAAAUCCCAUUUUAUUCCUUUCUUGUUUCUGUCAGUUUUUCAUCACUCUAUAUCAGUGGUUUUCAACCUGGUUGUCACGUCACCCUGUGGUGCCCCAAGGAUCUCCUAGGAGUGCCUCAAAAUAAUCAACUUUGAGCUGAAGUGCUGUCUAAAUAAAACAUGUAUAAUAAUUUCAUUUCAUGAUUUACAAAAUGUUCAAAUUUCUAAACAAAAAAACUCUGCACAUAACCUGAAAUUUAUAAAAAAGUAUCUGGUUUGUAGAUGAAAAUAUAAUCGCAGUCUUAAAAUGUGCAGUAUUUCCCUAAUGAUGGUCUUUGUACCGUCACUAAUCUUCGAGCCUUAAGUUGCCGGCCCACACAACAUGAACAUGUAAUGUCAAUUAAAUAGAAAAUUAAUUAAUAAGUCUAGGUCCUUGGUGCAAUUGCCAAACUUGUACACUGGUCCACCAAACUUAAAUGUGGAAACACUUAAUUAGAGGAUGCAAGUGACAAAGCAUGUAAAUCAGAAACAAAGCAGUCUUUGCUUAGAAGCCUAGAUAUUAUUUUAUAACUUAGAUGUUUCUACUCACUUUUCUUUUAAAACCAAAUUCCUUUUCUUUGCACAUUUUUUAGUCUGAUCAACUCCCUGAUUGAAAUUGAAAGCUCACAACAACCCUCACAGUCAUUGCUAUUCAUACUUACAAUUUUCACCAUCUGGCAUUUUACUCCACAAAAGAAACAAGAUUGACCAUGCAAGCCAUGUAGAUGUGCAGUUUGUGCCUCCCUAUGAGAUUGGAGCUGUUUUCCAAUUCUCUAGUUCAAUCUGGUCAUAAAUAUAGAUCCUGCCAUUCACCUCUUCAUCAAUGGAGAAUUAGCAGGAAAUGGUAACUCCAAGAUAUGCGAAUUUCCAGUUUGUACCCCUCUAUGAUGAGGGUGAAAAGUAAGCCUAUUUAUUGGGAAAAUACAGUUGUCUAUUUAAGACUGAAUGUGAAAGAGGCCAUUUACAAAAUGAUGGAGCUGAGGCUGCAUCGCUGAUGAAAAACCAUUCAUGUAUGUGAACCUUUGUGAAAAAUUAUAUGCAUGGAGGAUUGUUUUUGUUUUUUGUGUGGAUGUUUACCACAUUCUUACAGGCUUUGAAAGCAUGAUGGUGGGACCUGGAGAAGAAGUUGGCAAGCAGGUGCUAAAGAGCAGCCUUUUAAAAUUUCCUGUUGACUGGGAGGUUCUGUAAUAUGAAGUGUGUCCUUGUGCAAUGUGCAAUGACUUGAUGAGAGCAUGGUGUCGUCUGGGGGUACACAAUUAUUUGGCAGUAGCUUGGAAAGUCGGCUGUGGCCAACCAAGUAACAUGCUUUCAUUAGACCUUUGACAGUGAUAUUGUGGGGCAUCAGCUUUUAAUAUGAUACUUUUUAUAUGUAUUUUAAUAUAAUAUAUAUAGUAAAACCUCAGAUUGCAAGUAUUUCGACAGACUAGCAAAAUUUACAAAUUAAUUUGACUCUGUAUGAGCAGUCUAUUGCAUUACAUAUGCACUGUUUGUGCUGGAUAAACUCACAAUCACAACUGAGCCAAUGAGUAAUUGUCUUUACAGUCAGUGUGCCUCAUGAUCGUCAACAUCAGAACCAACGUAUACUGUUGUUAAGUAUCAUGGCUGUGUGUGUGCUGUGUUGAAGUGUAGUGAUUGUUCUUUAGUAACUGCAUAGCAACAAUUGCCCCCACAAAGAAAAAGGUUGAGAAGAAAGUCAAAAGCAAAUGUCAUUUGAUUGGUUCAUUUCUAAAGUACCGGUAGUAAGAAAAAAAAAAACUCUAGUGAACCAACAUAUGGCCAUGAUUACAUUAGUCGUCCAGCAUAACCUAUUCCUAUCAUCUGCCUUACACCAGCAACAAUUAAAUUUAAUUAAUUCAUUUUAAAAUAAAAGUAUAAAAAUGUAUUUUGUAUUUUAUGAAUCUGUGUUGUGGAGAAUCAUCUGAGUUUCCAUUAUUUCUUAUGGUGAAACUAGCUAUGAUAUAUAAUUGCUUUAAAUUACUAGCAUGUUUUCAGAAUGAAUAACGCUUACAAUCAAUAAGAAAAGGUACCAGGGUUGUUGCACGGUUAAAUAAUUUUGUUUAGGUUGCCCCAAUUUAAAAAAGGUUGAAAACCACUGAUUUAGAUUAUCCCACAUGCAUAGACUCUUUUCUGUUUGUUAAAUUUCAUCUCAAUAGGCUCAAUAGGUUCAUCUCAAUUUUGCAAGUGAAAUAAAAGAAACUGAGAUUAUAAGUAAAGGUUAUAUUUUUUCCACAGCCCACUUUUGUACAGUCUAGUAUCAAAUUUCAAAGCAGUUAAUACAGAAUGGGCCAACAGGAAAAGAAAUUUACAGACAUCAGAAAGCAUUAUGGGAACUCAAAGAUGUAUGUGUAUAUAGUGGCAGUUACUUAUAUAGGUUUCAUGAUAAAAAAGAAAUUAUGUUAAAAGUGUAAGUUAGAUCAUGUUUUAACUGGAUCGUCAGAACAGGAAACUCAAUGGCAGUCAAUUAUCAAAAACAUUUUAAAAUAAUUCUCUUAUAGUUAAUUUCUUGAAAAUUUGUUUCAAUUUCAGACAAAGAAAAUGGUGAACCAGAAGCAAUGAUUGUGAAAGGAGGAAAAUUAUAAUUUCUCUCUACAUUACUAUAUAUUAUAUUUUGUAAAAUAAUCAAACAAUAAACUAAACACAUUUUGUGUACAAAGUCUAAUUUAUUAUGCGUCUGAUUUACACUGUACAAUAAAAUUAUUUUCUAUGUCAGCAUUU